AUGAUAGGUUCUCUCAACAUGAAGACUUUGCGCUGGUCAGCUUUGGCUGCUGGUUUAGGCAUUGGUUGGUUUGAGUAUCGAAGCCAUGCCAAAUGUGAAAAGCAGCAUGCAAUUGAGCAUCAAUAUCAUCAACAGCAACUUUUGAUUGAGGACGCCAAGGCAGCUUAUGCUCGUAGCAAGCAGCCCGUACGACCUCCAACAGAGAGUCCAUUGACUUUGGAUGAAGAUAACGUGGAAGCCUAUUUAACUCAACUUGAAAAAAGCGCUUAA